GCGGUAAAAUUCUCCGAACAAAAUUUUAAUACUUUCACUACCUUCACUACCCGUCGUGUUCAAUUGCUGCGGUGUAACUGUUUGCUGAGAAAAAUAGGUGCACGUGGAAAAAGUUCGGCCAAUCAAUUAACAAUGAGCACCUCGCCAGAUGUUUCGGAGUCCAAACGCUUCAAGGAUGACGAAAGCUUGGUGAUCGGUACACAUGAUGGCAUCUUCCACUGCGAUGAACUGCUAGCAUGCUUCAUGCUUCAACAACUUCCGCGUUAUGCUAACGCAAAGAUCCAGCGAACACGGGACGCCAAACAGCUGGAACAAUGCGACAUCGUUGUGGAUGUUGGUGCCGUAUUCGAUCCGGAGAAGAACCGUUUCGAUCACCACCAGGCGAGCUUUCAAGAAACGCUAAACUCUUUGCGGCCGGAGAUCAAAGUGAAGCGUGCGAUUCGGUUAAGUUCCGCUGGUUUAAUCUAUACCUACUUCGGAGAGGAAGUAAUUCGACAAGUAUUGACGAAAAACUCGGUUCCAACUCCGUCAGACGAUCUGAUACGGGGCGUUUAUCGUAAAUUAUACGACAACAUGAUAGCUGAGUUAGAUGCCAUCGAUAAUGGCGUUCCCAUGUUCGACGGCGAACCAAAAUAUACCAUCAAUUCUCAUCUUAGCGGUCGGGUUGCUCGGUUCAACCCUGCUUGGAACGAGGAAGCCUCCGAUGCGGACGUAAUCAAGCGUUUCGAGCAGGCGAAAGCUUACGUGGGGAAAGAAUUCGUCGAUAGUGUUCUAUACUAUUCGGUUUCCUGGUGGCCUGCCCGGGAUCUGGUCGCUAGUGCAGUGAAAAACAGACUGAACAUUCAUUCGUCGGGUGCAAUUCUGGAGCUGGAACGGUUUUGCCCCUGGAAGGAUCACCUCUAUGAGUUGGAGGACGAGUACAACAUCGUUGGGCUUUGCAAGUAUGUCAUCUAUUACAACAAGGAAAACGAUUGGCGCGUUAUUUGUGUGCCACUGCAACCAGCAAGCUUUGUUUGUCGUAAAUUUCUGGCUGCCCCUUGGCGUGGUGUAAGAGACGAAGAGUUGGCGACGAUCUCAGGAAUUGAAGGAUCCAAAUUCUGUCAUCAAACCGGAUUUAUCGGAGGCAAUACUACGAGAGAAGGAGCACUUCGAAUGGCUGUUGCGAGCUUAGAAGCAAUUGAUGAAUAGGAAAUCGUGUUUAAAAUAUUUAGCAGAAUUUCACCUCACAUUCAGAUUAAUUGUUUUCAUUAAGUUACCUACCAUUUUCUUGGCAUAUUGUCAAAUAUUUUGACGACUGGAUUGUAAUAUUUGACCUGUAUUGUAUGGAAUUGAUAAAUAAAAAUCAAUUGUUGAAUAACUUUAUUCGACAA